AUGGUGGAUGUGAUCUUCCCGGAGUCCUCCGUGGAGGAGGCCCGCGCCGCGGUUCUCGCGCGUAUCUCAGUCCUCAUCAACGGCCAAGCCUUCAACGGUGUAAUCCCCUCGUUCGAAUCGGCUGCUAGUGAGGCCCUGCGGCAUCCCCGCCGCACCUAUUCCAGGCACUCUUAUUCUUGGCCCUCAGCGAACGACGCCAGAAUCUUUCGUUCCAUUUUCCCGAUUACGGUGCGUCUUCCUAACAAUCGUUCGAUAGAGGUGAAAGUCUUUAACGACCCCAAUCUGGAUUUCACGAUGGCCCGCGCUAGGGGCGACACUCACGUGGUUCUCCGUAACGUGCCGCUGGGGUAUUCCCCUGAGCGCAUACGUAGCACCCUCCUGGCAGGCAGGACUGAAGCAGGACUGCCCUGGCUGUCUGACCUUCAGCUGUUUCACCGCCUCAAGGACCCGUACGAUGAUUCCGCAUACUCUCAGCUGCUCGGCCUCCCCGUGGCGGCGGAUGGCGACGCUAGCUUCGAUCGCAUCCCCGCGGUCCUCUGGCUUCCGGGCCAGGAGGAUCCGGUGCUUCUCAACAUCUCGUCGCACUCAUGUAUCGUCUGCUCCAGCAACCACCGCGUGGCUGACCACGCUUGCUUCGCCCUGACUCGUCGUGCGCGACUCCCCAACCGCCACACCAUCUCGGUGGCUCAACUGCAAACUGUUAAUGGCAGCUUGAUUGGACAACAUCCAGCCCCGGCAGCUUUAAAAAAGGAUCCUGGUCUGCUCCUGAUUGGGGUAGAUCUGGAUGUGGAAACCUGGACUUGCUCAAUGUGCGACUUCGUCUGUGGCCUUGCGCUGGACAGCGCGAUGUACCAUCUCCACUCCGAGCUCCACCGCAAGCGCCUGCAGGAAUCCGCACACUUGCCGGCGGUCAAAGACAAGUAUGGGGCCUGGAGGGUCUCCACACUGCUGCAGCACCAGCGCAUCUCUGCCUUCCUGCAGUAG